UUCAGGGGAUAUCUUCGGUUUAAGUUUUAAAGAUUAUCUCAGGGCAGUAGUUUGAGGGGUUCAUCCAGCUGCUAUGGCUCCAGAAAGUCUGGAUUCCAUGAAAAUUUGAGAAUCUAUUUUUCAUUUUCCCCAAUUUGAUCAGGAUUCUGCAACAAUAUCUUUAAUCAAAGUGUUCAGCAAUGGUAGCCGGGCAGCAUCCAGCUCUUCUGGUCUCAUGGCAAAGGAGGCAGUUGUUCAUGGAGCCAAUUAGCCACACAUUCCAUAUCCUCCUCCUAUUCCUAUCUGUCCUUACUCUGUUGCUCCAGGUGAUCAGAGACCAUUUGUUGUGCUUUGGAUGGCCACUUGAAAGACCCCAGGCACUGCUCAUCAAACCAGCUGGCAGAACAGAGACACUGUUAUUGGCCAAUAAAUUGGGAUAUCCAUGACCCUAAACCUCCAAACCAGGGAACCAAAACCCAUGAAGUUUUUGGCUGUACAUAAGCAGCCUCAGCAGCUACUCUUUUUUGUUGUUGUAAAUAUUAUUUUCUUAUUUGCAGGAUAAGAAUCAUAAUACCUACUUGAUAGGUUGCUUGUGAACAUAAAGUGAGGUGAAGCACUUAGCACGGCCUUGGGGGUACUCUCCCACCCAUGUCCUCUGUCUGCCUGUCUAGCACAGAGCUCUGAAUAUAAACUCAUCACACGUGCUUGCUGAUUAACUUAUUGAUGAUCGGAAUUUCAGGGCUGGUCGACAUCUCAAUUCUGGAUUAGUUAUCUUCUACCUGCCACUUUCACAUCUUCUCUAACCACAUCUUUCUGUGACAGGAUCCUAGCACUCCUACCCUAUCAGUAUGCACCUAAAGGUCCAUUGCCCACCCCCAGCCCCAGUGAUUAUGGAAAUUAUGUUCGUGCACACACAUGGUGUCCUGCAUGGCAUAUCUACCCGUAUCAGCAACUGACAGCAAUUUCACAGCCACUCUGCCUCCUUGAGCACUGAUUCGUUUGCUCAGCAUUUGUUUCCUCUCAGGUGUAGUGAGAUUUAUCGUGAGUGUCAAAUGCUGAGGUUAUAGCUGUCGUGACAAGGAAUACUACUUUAAAGGGUUUCUAAGGCCCAACUGAUAAGCUUUUUUUGCCAAACAUCACUUAACAAAAUGCAACGUGACAUUAACAGGAUAGCUUGGACAAGCCCUGGAAGUUCAUUUACGCAGACUGCCCCAUAUUGAUUCUCAGUGAUAACACGCUUAGCCUGAAUAAGCCUGUCAGUGUUAUCAAACAGUGAUGCUCUCCUGGCAGCUCUGCCCUCCUCGGGCUGGCUCUGAGAGCACAUCAGUGUUUCCUUUCAUCCUUCUCUUUAAAACAUCAUUUUCUACCUCUUGCUCAAAUGAUUGAAGCUGUUAUACCUGUAAGUUUUAAUUUUUCAAAAAUUAUUCUGCCCCUUUUCCUUCUGUCUUACUCCUCCUUUUUCUGUUUUCCUUGUUUCUGUACCAAAAUAAAACUUUUAAGUUCUUUUCCAUUCAAGCAAGAAUAACUUGCUUUUCUAAUUUGAUCUGUUGGCUUUUAGUUAUUAGCAUGGCCUUCUUAUGUGUGUGUGUAUAUAUGUAUAUAUAUAUAUGCGUGAUUCUUAUUGAAUUAACUUCGUCUCUCUGUUUUGCUCAUGAGUUUAUCGCUCAGAGACACUGAAUACAGCUUCUUGAACUCUUCUCCCUUCUUUGGGCUUUCAUGUAUAUUGCUAAUUGGAUCCUUACCAGUUGUCAAAAUACUGUAAUUUCCUCUGUUUUUACCUCAGGCUCUGAGGGAAAUAUAUAAAAGACCAUAGGAAUAACCGUGGUGUAAAAGGAUCCAGCAGAAUACAUUACUCUUCCCAGAUCCUUCUUUUGGAGAAGAGUUAAGGCAGAUUAUUUUUCACACUCAUAAUGACAAAUAUUAUAUAGGGUAAGUUCUUUGAAUGGAGAGAUCUUAUGGGCUGGCAACAGGAACCCUGAUCUUUUCACUGUAUAAGCACUGACGGAGGGGAGAGUGCCUGUGUUUGAGUGAGUUGAGGGUUAAAGAAAAGGAAGAGUUGUAACAAUAAACUAUGGGCCUGAGUUGCCCUACAUUACUUGCUAUUCCUUCUGAAGAGCAGGCAUCAGAGCCUAAACCCUGUGUCCUUCCACACUAGAAAUAUUCGUAGUUGGAGGGAGCAACAAACAGCCUUUGAGCAAGGUGAAUUUUUUUUUCAACUAUUGAUUUUGAAUUUUUAAAAAGUUAUAAAUAUACCGACUGACUGGGGCCCCAACGGAGGGUCCCAGACAGAGCAGGAGAAAAAUGUAGAACAAAAACUAAAAUUCACCAAAAAAAGACCAGAACUGUUCUGACAGGGACUGGAAGAACCCCUGAGACUGUGGCCCUAAGACCCCCUUCUGACCUGGAACUGAAGCCAUUCCCAGAGACCACCUUCAUCCAGACAAUGGACAUCCAUAAAAUAAACAAUAACACCUGAAAGGAAUGUGCUCUUUAGAACAAUCAGUUAUACGAGAUCUAAAGGGCAGUAUUUGCCCAAAAGCAAAGCUGAGAAGGCGGGAAGGGGUAGAAAACUGGGAUAAAAAGAAACAGGGAACCCAGGGUAGAAAUGGGGAGAGUGCUGACACACAAGGCCAUGAAACACUUUACAUACAAACUUUUGAAUUGGCAUCUAAUUUGCUCUGUAAACUUUCCAUCUAAUGCACAAUUUAAAAAAAAAAAAGCUACAAAGUAUAAGAAUAAGAAAAGUAAAAAAAAGAAUAAAUGGAAAGAGAGAUGUACAGGAGCUCAACCAUGACUGCUUCGCUGACUUGUGUUAGGGGUCAGGUACCCUAAUCUGCCUUCAUUUUUUAAUAAACUUCUCUAUUUCCUGCCCUGUGGGCUACUCAGAAUCCCGCUCCAGCUCCUGGAAGUUCUCUCCUGUUCUCUGAGAAUUUAGGGAGAAGAGCUGGCGGGAUGGGGCAGGACUGGCCAGUUCUCUUAGAGUUUGCUCCUGAGGGAAGACCAGGACUGGCUUGCAGCUCUCCUUUAAUGUCUAGGGCUGGAGCUCACCCCCUGCUAAACCACCACAAUCACCACUGCCUGGCACUCUCCCUGCCACCUUUCCUGUCUGGAGUUCCCUUCCUGGCUUCUGUUGUUUGACUAGAAGGGCAGGCCACUUUGGCACCUACAAGUUCUCUUCCCUGGGGGCAGGAGGAGUGGAGGAGGAGUGCUCCAGACGGAGGAGAGGCUGAAGGAGGAGACCAAGAGGUGCCAAGGACAAAGCCCAGAUCCACAGUUCUGUUCCAGGCCUCUCUGUUUACCUCCCUUUGCUUCUUUGGGGCCACAUCUUGGUUGCGAGCAGGGGCCUUUGUUACUUAAUAGGGUGUUUUUUUCUCCAUUACGUUUUCUCCACAGUAAGACGAGGAGGUCUCUACAAGGCGGGGACCAUGCCAUGCACUUCUCUGGCAUUCUUUGUGUCCCCUGUGCUGUGUGAGGCACAUAGCACGAGCUCAGAAUAUGGGAGCUUCGUUACAUUAACAGUUUCUGUUUGUAGUCUGUCUUGGUCCCUUCACCUUAACUUACCUACCAUUCUUUUAUUUUUUAUUCAGCUUGCCUCGUUCUCCCCAGAGUGACAUUUAUUUUUCUGGAAGGUUUCAAAUUUUCAUGCCUCUAAGGCAGCCUGGGAAACCCUGGUGGUAUAGUGGUUAAGUGCUAUGGCUGUUAACCAAAAGGUCGGGAGUUCAAAUCCACCAGACACACUUUGGAAACUCUACGGGGGCAGUUCUACUCUGUCCUAUAGGGUCUCUAUGAGUCGGAAUCGACUCAAUGGGCACAGGUUUUGUUUUUUUUUUUUCCCCUCAGGAAGGCAGUCUGCUUUAAUAUCUGUUUGACUGUAUCUGACUUUGUCUGUUGAGCUGAAUCUUAAUUUUUCUUCUCUCGUAUCCCCAUGAAAAGCUUGCAGUCUCAGGAGUCCCAAUUUUGACUUUAGGGACUUCUUUUCCCCUUCACUGUGAGGAAACAGGAGGGCCCUAGGUUUUUCCCACCAGGUCUCAUUUAAAUUGGCUGUGUGGUCACCUCUCUGUGUAGUGUACUCUCACCCCCAUAAUUGGGAGAGUCUUCCAAGCUCCUCAUACUUAGAUCAGUUACUCUGUUCCUUGGGUUCUCUGUCAUACUCGUGAAGUCAUUGUUUUCAUUAAAGUUGUACUAUUCCUUCGUCCUAGUUGUUCAAUGCAAUUUUCCCCUUACUAGCCAGACCCAUUUCUUUGAGGUGUAAUUCUCACGUAUCCUUACUCAUCCUUUUUCUCCCUGUAGACCAACCAUAACACUCUGUUCAAAGUAGGUGAUCCAUAAAUGUUUUAACCUAAUUAGACUCAGCCAUUUAUAGAGUUCGAAAGGAAAAAAAAAAAAUGGCCUUGAUACAUUAACAUCUAAACAUACUCUGGAGAUUAUUUGGUGUACGACCUCAUUUUUUGGUCCAUCAGUUUAUUGAUUCAAUUAUCCCUUCAUCCAUUUGUUCAUUCAUUCAUUCAUUCACCUUUUUGUGCUACGCGCUGUGCAAGGAGCAGGAGAUAUAAGGUGAACAUCUACAUGGAGCAUACCAUGAAAUGGAGAGGAGGAUAGACACUGAACAAAUAAUUAAAUGACUGAUGAGAAAUUUAAGUAUGUAGAGCUACAUACAGAAAGGAGCCCUGUUGGUACAAUGGUUAAGUGCUUGGCUGCUAACUGAAAAGUUGGUGAUUUGAACCCACCACCCACUUUGCAGGAGAGAAGACCUGAUGAUCUGUUCCUCUAAAGAUUACAGCUUAGGAAACCGUUGGGGCAGUUCUGCUGUGUCAUAUAGGGUCGCUAUGAUUCGGAAUUGACUCAGUGGCGCACUACAACAGCAUAGCUUCAGAAGUCCACAUGGGAAGCUGGCUUAGGGUCCAGGAGGACUUUUGUAAGAACGCGAUGUUUCAGCUGAGGAUGAGCAAUGUAGGCGAGGACAGUGACUUGCCCACGACCAGUCAGUAGCUUUUGCGUAGCAAACCUUGGGCUGUGACCCAGAUUUUGGGUUCAUCCCUUUGAAUUUCAAGGAGUUGCUAUAAAAACACUCAUCAAUAAAGUACUAUAAUUUUCUUGACUUUUUGUUGGAUCACACAACUUAGCUUUUCCAUGAAACCCUUACUCCUUACAUCUGACAUGGUCUCCCUUCCUUGCUAUUUAUGAAGCAAUAUACAGUGUUCCAUACCUCCUUCUGAAGUAGCCAUUAGUUUCACUUCUAUUAUCUUCUCACAACAAUGCAGUAGUUUAUGUCCUUCGUAAGUUUUAGUUUUUCCAAUUCCCUGUAACCCCUUAGGGUUUUAUUUUAAAACUUGUCCUGUAGUGUGGUAAACACUAAAAACCCAGAAUUUAUAGAAACUGAGAGUGGCCAAAAGAUAAGUGACGAGCAAGUAAGAACUUUAAAAAAAAAAAAAAAGUUUAAAAAUUACAAAAUAAACUUAAGAGCUCCCUGAGAUGAACCCAGAGGAUAGAAAAUGGAAAGGAAUACUUCUUCCAUUCUUUCCUAAUUCUUCCAGACCUCUUUAUAUAUGGGGGCUGGGCCAGAGAUGCCAACCGGCAGAAAUAAAAGAGAACUCCUCUUUACAAGUUUACUGACAAAUUAUUCAUGUAUUAUACAUGGGAGCAAGGCAGUGGGGAUGGAGUACACAGGAGAGAAGACGCUAGAAGGCAACCAGCUUAACCUGUGGCUAGAGUGGUUAUGUCUGUCACAUGUGUACACAUAGUCCUAUGAUAAAUAUUUUGUUCUACAUUCGUUGGCAGAGAAACAUACAAAUAGAAAACAUGUGAUUUGCCCAAGAUCACAUAGCUGGUUAAUGAAUCGUUGAGCAGUCUGAGGUUGUCUGCAAAAUUUUUAUAUUUAUGGGCAUUUUUCUGGAUAGUUUUAGUUUCAUCAGAUUCUCAAAGGAGUGUCUGGUUUCAGAAAGGUUAAGAAAAAUAGUAUUAGCAGAAAAUAUUGAUCAUUAAAAGAUUUUAGAGUGAUGGAAUCUUUCAACUUAAAUGCCAUGAAAAUCAGAAACUGUGAAAGGAAAAUUGCUAAGUUUAUUGCAUACUAAUUAAAAGCUUGUAUAUGAUAAAAGUCACUAUACAGAAGAUUGAAAAGAUAUGUCUAACUGAAAUAUUUAGAGCUUGUUUGUAUGUUAAUAGCCCUAAAAUGCAGUUCUAUAGGCAGUGAUGAUAAAGUUUGAUAGUAGUAUUGGCAAGAGAGGGGAGCUCUUGAGCAGUGUGGUUAGUUGGGUGUAUGUUGUUAUAACUUUUCUGAAGGGGUGUUUGACAGCAUAUGUACAGAUGUAAACUCUGCCUACCUUUUGGCCCAGCAAUUCGCCUUCUAGAAUUUAUCCUGAGAAGAUACAGCUGUGAAGAGAUACAUCCACAAAAAUACUCAUCAUAGCUUUGUUGUCUAGAAUCUGGUGGCAUUAUUCAGUGUCCGUUCAUUUCAUCAAGUUCCUGUGGAUUCAAGAGAAAAGGGAGGAGAAAAGUUGGAGACGACACUUUUGAGGAGUUUGCCGAUUGUGCAGCAGAGACAGAAUCAUGAAUAAACUGCAGGAUAAGCAGGACCAGAUGAUACCAUGAAGAGAAGUUUACAGGCCCUCUAUUGCCAACUGUUAAGCUUCCUCGUGAUCUUGGUACUGACUGAAGCGCUGGUAUUUGCGGUCCAGGAACCAUCUCCCAGGGAAUCUCUUCAGGUCCUCCGCUCAGGCACGACUCCAGGCACCAUGGCGACAACACCCCCCAGCUCCUCGGUGGUGGCUGUCCCUUCCUUUGUGGCGAUGCUUUCAUCCCAUGAUGAUGGACCCUCCUCACAGACCAUAAGACCCAGAGCAACAACGAUGCCCUAUCCGGACAGACACCCUCCUGUAAACACCAUCCCUACCAUCAUGGUAACAGAAACCACCCCCAAUCCUGAAGGCCCCCUGCACACUUGGCCCCCUCCUGCUGCCAUGGCAACCACAUCCUCCCACUUAGAGGGCCACCCUCUGGGGGAGGCUGUCCCCACCAUCUUGCUGGCAAAGCCGACAGGAGCCACAAGCCACCCUACGGUGGAGGCUGUGCCCACCAUCCUGCUGACAAAGCCAACAGGAAUCACCAGCCACCCCCCAGGGGAGGCCAUCCCCACCGUUUUGCUGACAAAGCCAGCAGGAGUCACCAGCCACCCCCCAGGGGAGGCUGCCCCUACCAUCUUGCUGACAAAGCCAACAGAAGUCACCAGCCACCCCCCAGGGGAGGCUCUGCCUACUAUCCUGAUGACAAAGUCAACAGGAGUCACCAACCACCCCCCAGGAGAGGUGGUUCCCACCAUUCUGCUGACAAAGCCAAUGGGAGCCACCAGCCGCACCACUACAGCACCCACCCGGUCCACCACACGCAGGCCCCCAAGGCCACCAGGCUCUUCCCGAAAGGGAGCAGGUAGUUCAUCACGCCCAGUCUCACCUGCAUCCAGUGGCCCCUUGGGGAGGAAGGAAAGCCAGCGAGGGCGAAAUCAGAGCUCCACACAUCCAGGGCAGAAGCGGCCUCUGGGGAAAAUCUUUCAGAUCUACAAGGGCAACUUCACAGGAUCUGUGGAACCAGACCCCUUUGCCCUCACCCCAAGGAACCCACUCCAGGAUUACUCCUCCUCACCACAAACCCAGACAGUGGCAGCAACUACAGUGCCCAACAGUACCUCGUGGGCAUCAUCCACCACCCCCCUGGUGCCUGUAGAGACCAAGCCAGGCCUCAGUAGAGCAGACCAGGGUGGUGGUCCCACCUUCACCAGCCAAGGAGGGGAGCUGAAUGCCACAGCAGCCUCAGGUGCCCCUUCCAGCCCACAACCUGCCCCAGUGCCUUCUCAGCGCCACCACAGUGGCCCGCAGGAUGGCCCCAGCCACAGUAACUCCUUGCUUACUGUCACCACUGGUACCAACAGACGUCUGUCUGCCAGCUCUGGGGUCUUCACAACUGCCACGGGGCCUACCCAGGCUGCCUUUGAUGCCAGUGUCUCAGCCCCUUCCAAGGGGAUUCCUCAGGGAGCAUCUACAACCCCACGGGCCCCAACCCGCCCCCCCGGGUUCUCAGAAAGCACUGUUUCCCAAGCCGAGGAAGAGGCCACGGCCACCUCCUCCAUGACUGGUAGAGUGCCCAGUCCUCUGUCCACAGUGGUGUCCACAGCCACAGGAAACUUCCUCAACCGCCUGGUCCCCGCUGGGACCUGGAAGCCUGGAACGGUAGGGAACAUCUCUCAUGUGGCUGAAGGGGACAAACCCCAGCACAGAGCCACCAUCUGCCUGAGCAAGAUGGAUAUCAUCUGGGUGAUCUUGGCUAUCAGCGUGCCCAUCUCCUCCUGCUCCGUCUUGCUGACGGUGUGCUGCAUGAGAAGGAAGAAGAAGACGGCCAAGCCGGAGAACAACCUGAGCUACUGGAACAACGCCAUCACCAUGGACUACUUCAACAAGCAUGCUGUGGAGUUACCAAGGGAGAUCCAGUCCCUCGAAACCUCUGAGGACCAGCUCUCGGAGCCCUGCUCCCCAGCCAACGGCGACUACAGGGACACUGGGAUGGUCCUUGUGAACCCCUUCUGUCAGGAAACACUGUUUGUGGGCAACGAUCAAGUGUCGGAAAUUUAGCUGCGGCAGGCGUGGCUUUGCUGUUCCCUACUUUUCGUCUCUAAAUUAUAAAUAUACAAAUAUAUAUAUAUAUUAUAAAUACAACCUUUGUGUAGCCCUGACUUAAUGAGAAACAUUUUCAGCUUUUUUUCCUAAGAACUGUCAACAUCUUUUUUAUAAGUGUGGUUUAAAGAAACUUUACAGAACGAUUCGUGGCUUUAUAAAAUAAAGGUAUUUCUAAGCAAAGCAGUUGAAUUUAUUGCUUCUCUUGAUAACAGUCCUUGAGCAGUGGGGGUCCCAGGAGCCCCAGCCUUCUCCCGUAGAAACUUAAGUCCAAGUUGAAUGUUAAAAUGGUCAAGUGUGUGGCCCUUUGAGUGGUUCUUGAGGCUCUGAUUCUCUGUGAUUGGCUGUGACCCAUUUCCUCCCCAUUUGUGUGCACAGCAAUGAAGAGGGCAGGACAGCGGAGUCCCCAUGAAGCAGGAGAAGGGAACACCUCAUCACCAGAAGACCAGAGCCCAACUGCUGAUGGAUUUAAUUCCAUCCAAGUUACGGAGGCAGCAGGAGUAUGCAGCCUCAGGAAUCACAUGGAGGACAUCAAGGCGUCCACGUCCUAACAUCACACAACAGGGCCUCCAGGGCAGCCAGCGUGAGCAUGCACUGUGCCAGCUACAGGGCUGCCUUUUCCUAAUGGAAAAGUCUCCCCUUUAAGUUCGUUCCUGCUUCCCCUCCACUGCCCACAUCUGCAUUAAACCCUCGUGCCUUUUUCUCUAGAGGGUUUAGAUGCAGACCUAGCCCACCAGCAAAUGUUUAUUAGGGUUUGGAGGUUUGUUUUCUCAAAAGGCAAUCUUAUUGUGUCCCUGAAAACAUGUUUGGGGUAGGUCUGUAAUUUUAGGAACCUUCCUCCUGCGAUCUUAAAAAACCGAGAUUGCUAAAGCGAAUCGCUUAAGAGAAGAUGCCCUUUAACCUCCAGUCGGCGUUACAGAUCUGCCGUUGGGGUCACCACAAUGACUGGUCCUCCAGCUCUGUGUUUUGUAGACGAUAAUCCCCUCCGUCUGGGGUUGGCUGCCUGCACCUCCCUCCCCAUACUGCGUCCUGCAUGGCCAACAGGAGUCAGACCCUCGGAGAUACAAGAAGGACUUCCAGAGAUGGGCUGCCUGUCUAUUGUUUUUUCUAAUAGCCAGUGGCUGGGAGAGAAGAUAACUGCUUUCACGUUUCCUUUCUCUAAAAGAGAAAUAGUUUGAUAGUAUAUUUUGAAUAUAGACGCUAUUACAGUCAGAUUGGGAAUUGAACUUGAAUGUUGACUUACAUGUUAGUGUCGUUGCUGUGGUCUUUUGAUCAUGACUUUUUCCUUUCUUCGUACGUUUCAGUUUUUAAAAUAUAUAUAUGGCCUUCAAAAAUGUGUGUUCUCAAUGUUGUAUGAACUUACUUAACCUGUGUUUGACUGUUGUCUUUCUUCAAAGACUCUUGGACCUACAAAGAAGCAGGUUAAAUGCUCUGAGAUCCAUUCUCUAACAUGCUGCUGUCUGGCCUUUUUAACCUUAUCAUGAUAUUUCUGUUAGCUAUUGCAUUUAACAUAUCUGUGUGUGUGUGUGUGUGUGUGUGUGUGUGUGUGUGGAGAGAGAAAUCUGUAAAGUAAAAUUUAUAUAUAAUAUAUGUAAUCAAAGGUACAUAUGUUAUAUAUACGUAUGUGGAUGUAUGACUUAUUUUUCCUUAUCCACAGAAUUCAGCUACCAUGUAUAUAUAAAUAAACUUAUUUUAUUAGCCAGAGGAUUGUUGUUAAUACAUUUUGUGUUCUUUUCACUUUAACGUAACUUCCUUAAGGAGUCCCCAUAUCACCUUGUGCCUAGCUCUAUUUUUUUUUAAUCGGAUUUAACAGCAAAUUGUGUUUAAUGAGUGUGAUGAGCUAGUAGGAUUAGCAGUCUAUCAUUUGAGAAAACAAAUCCUUUAGAAUAUGUUUGUGAUUUCUCCAAAAGAGAAUCCUCUCUCUUAGGUCUUUGGAGACACCGGUGUCAGUUAAGAUGGGCCACCUCCUCAUCCUACCCCUCCCAGGACUCUGUGGAGUCAUUGUAAACAUCUUCGGGACAGAGCAAUCUGAAGUUAACCUGGCCACUGAGGGUCACCACUCUGUGGAGAAUAACAGUGCCUAAACAUAUCA